CUGUGCUUCAUACAUUUAUGUCACUACGUCAUAUAUCAGGCUCGCACAAGAACCAGACGUCAGCAGUCAAGGCUCUCUUGGCAAUCUGUAAGUGCCACCUACCGCAACCGAAUCGCUGAUGGCCCCGACAAAAUUUGCGAGUGUUGCGGAGGGUUAUUCUUUCGAACGUCGAUGGCUACCUUAACAAGAGAAGCUAUGGUCGCGGCUCGUGUUCCGGAAGACAUAAUCCGCGAUGUGUUUGCGGUGAAUCAGGACGCUGCAUCCUCGCUCUUUUGUGCAACCUGCAAGUCGCAUAUCUCAAAGAAAAAGACACGACCAAAGCUAUGUCUUGCGAACGGCCUACGUCUACCCAACGUACCUGAUUCCUUGUCGCAGUUAACAAGGUUGGAAGAGAGGCUCGUCGCACCGCGCCAUGUUUUCCAGACAAUUUGGCUGGUCAUGGGUAUCCACGGGCAAUAUUGAUCAAAAGGUGCUAUUGUAAACAUCCCUGUAUCUGUACAAACAACAGUGACCUCGUUACCUCGACCAAUACAAGAUGCAAAUAUAUUUCACGUGGAGAA